AUCUGAAUCUCGUUGUCGUUUGUCUGUGUGAAAGUGAACAACAACCGUCCAAAUGGCUCAGCAAGGAAUUCUGCUGGACCAGGACCAGUUCUGUUGUUCUGUCUGUCUGGAUCUACUGAAGGAGCCAGUCACUAUUCCCUGUGGACACAGUUACUGUAGGAGCUGUAUUGAGGGCUGCUGGGAUCAGGAUGAUCUGAAGGGGAUCUACAGCUGUCCUCAGUGCAGACAGACCUUCACUCCAAGGCCUGCUCUGAUAAAAAACACCAUAUUGGCUGAAGUGGUGGAGAAACUGAAGAAGACAGGACUUCAGGCUGAUCCCCCUGAUCUGUGCUAUGCUGGACCUGGAGACGUGGCAUGUGAUUUCUGCACUGGGACCAGAAAGCAGAAAGCCCUCAUGUCCUGUCUGGUGUGUCUGGUGUCUUCCUGCAAGACUCACCUCCAGCCUCACUAUAGUGUCCCUGCACUAAAGAAGCACAAGCUGGUCAAAGCCUCCACACAGCUACAGGAGAACAUCUGCUCCCGUCAUGACGAACUGCUGAAGAUUUACUGUCGUACCGAUCAGAAUUGUAUCUGUUAUCUGUGUAUGGUGGAUGAUCAUAAAGGCCAUGAUACAGUGUCAGCUGCAGCGGAGAGGACAGAGAAACAGAGUCAGCUGGGGAUGAGUCAGCAGAAGCUCCAACAGAGAAUCCAGGAGAGAGAGAAGGAGCUGAAGGAGCUCCAACAGGCUGUGGAGUCUCUCAAGCACUCUGCACAGGCAGCAGUGGAGGAAAGUGAUUUGAUCUUUACUGAGCUGAUCCACUCCAUUGAGAGAAAGUGCUCUGAGUUGAAGGAGCUGAUCAGAGCACAGGAGAAAGCUCAAGUGAGUCAAGCUGAUGGACUCCUGGAGCAACUGGAGCAGGAGAUAGCUGAGCUGAGGAGGAGAAACGCUGAGCUGGAGCAGCUCUCUCACACAGAGGAUCACAUCCAUUUCCUCCAGAGUUAUCAGUCUCUCUCCAGUCCCAGUGUCUCUUCAGACUUACCCAGCGUCGUUAUCCAUCCUCAGUACUUUGGAGGUGUGAAUAAGGCUGUUUCUGAUGUCAGAGAGAAACUAGAAGACGUCCUUGAAGGAGAAUGGAUCAAGAUCUCCACCACAGUAAAUUCAGUGGAUAUCUUACUGCCUCCAGAGCCCAAUACUAGAGAACAGUUCUUACAAUAUUCCUGUCAGCUCACACUGGACCCAAACACAGCACAGAAAUCCCUCUCUCUGUCUGAGGGAAACAGAAAGGUGACAGUUGUUAAAGCUGUUAACGAUCCAAAUCCUGACCAUCCGGACAGAUUCACUGGUUGGUGGCAGGUCCUUUGUAGAGAGGGUCUGUCUGGACGCUGUUACUGGGAGGUGGAGUUUCAUCGUGGGACUGUUUUUAUAGCAGUCUCAUAUAAAGACAUAAGUAGAAUAGGGCAGGUUAAUGGCUCUAGAUUUGGAUACAAUGACAAGUCUUGGGGUUUAGAGUGCUCUAGUAAUGGUUAUAGUUUCAGACACAAUAAUGUUGAGACUAAAGUAUCAGGCCCUCAGUCCUCCAGAGUAGGAGUGUACCUGGAUCACAAGGCAGGUACUCUGUCUUUCUACAGCGUCUCUGACACAAUGACCCUCCUUCACACAGUCGAAACCACAUUCACUAAACCCCUCUUUCCUGGGAUAUGUGUUUGGUACAAAAAUGAUUCUGCUGAGCUGUGUAAACUGUAGAGUUCCCCAUAUUAGAGUGAUGGUUAAUGCUCUUUUAGUCUGGUAUGUACAAUAAUUGUUCUGAGUGAUAUCAUCUUAAUUGUAGUGUAUGUUUCAAUCUUAUACGUUCACAUUCAUAUUGAUGUAUUAUCACUUUGAUGUACAUUCUGAAUAACAACCGCUGUAUUGAUUUCUUGUUUAAUAAGUUGUGUUAUUAUUUACCUAUUGAUCCUUGAAUUUGAAUCUGUCGAAUUUCCUCAAAUAUAUCUAGGCCUAUAUAUUGUAUAUCAAUCUGGUGCUAAACAAUUACUACUCAAUCAAUUACCCAGCAGAUGGUGAUAUGGCAAAAUCAAAUCAAAUGAUUCCACAUUUUUUGAUAUACAGCACCUCUGCCUCUCAGUAAACCACCAAAAUGAACUAGAUUUUGAUAUUUUUGUCUUUAAGUUGUAUGUUCUAAACUACAUGAGUGACAAUGCAAUUAAAGAAGCUUAUAUUUAGCAGCAGUGUGUAUGCGUGUGUGCGUGCCUGCGAGUGGGGUGCAUGUGUGGUUUAUUUCAUUCAUGAUCAUUAAGUAAAAUAUAAGCGAGCUAGAAGACUUCACUUUGGAUUCAUUCUUUGAAAUCUUUUAUAUUAAAGUUAACCGAGGAAGACGGUUGCACUUUAUACAAACAACCAAACAACAUGGUCUGAGUCUUUUGUAAGACUUGGCAUUUGUCCUGUUUUGUUUCCAUAGCUGUUCCAUUUAAGAUAGAAUGUGAUUGGUCAGGCUAUGGCCAAUGCUCAACGAUUCAUCAUAUCAAAGGAUAUUUGCAUGUGGACAUUGAAUUAAACUUUUAAAUAGCUCAAAAUAGCAUCUAAUCUGUACCUUCUUACAAUCACAGUAUUUUUGAAAAGGUAUAGAAACAUGUUACAUUCAUAGACAGUGUCACGACUUCUACCGAAGAUAACCCCUCUCCCUGUUCGGGCGGCGCUCGGCCCUCGGC